AUGCGAUGCGCGAGCAUCGCCGCCGAGAGCGCGUCCGCACGUCUCUGUGCGGACACCGAAGCAGAGGACGCAGCAACUGAUGUCUCAUCGGUUGCUGAAGCGACUCAGCCUGUGUCACCUGGUGAUGCAGGCGCUCGUCAUGAAGACACUCAUGUCUUCACAGAGUAUGAGCUCGGUGUCUCAUACACUCCUGAUACGAAAGAUUGA